GAGGCCAUUCCUUAAACGUUUCUCUCUUGACCAACCGCCAAGAAUUCUUGCCUUUUCUCCCCCUCAGAGAGAGUAAUUAAAUUGUGGGUUCGCUCCAUUCUUUAGCAUGUUUUUCAUCGUUUCUCUUCUUUUUCUUCCUCAUCUUCUCCGAGCAAAUGCAGAAAACUGCGACUUCUUCCAAGGAAGUUGGGUUUUCGAUGAAUCGUAUCCUAUGUACAACUCCUCCAUUUGUCCCUUCAUAGAGAAAGAAUUCAACUGCCUGAACAAUGGCCGGCCGGACCACCUCUACCUCAAAUACCGGUGGCAACCUCAAGGCUGCGAUUUAGCAAAAUUUGACGGCCGUGCAUUCUUGCAAAAGUUCAGAGGAAAGAGCAUUUUGUUUGCAGGCGACUCUCUGACUCGUGAUCAGUAUAUGUCCCUGGCCUGCUUGCUCUACACUAGCGUGCCGGGGACAAAUUACAACAUGACAAGAGUAGGCCUAAUCUCCACCUUGAAAUUCUUGGACUAUGGACUCACACUGAUCCUUGAUAGAAAUGCCUUUCUGGUGGAUCUGGUGCCAGAAAAGAUCGGUGUAGUUCUAAAACUAGAUUCAGUUGCAGGAAGUGAAAAGCUAUGGUCAGGUCAUGACCUACUUGCCUUCAAUACAUGGCAUUGGUGGGGCUACAAAGGAGCUCAACAACCGUGGAAAUAUAUUCAGAUAGGAACAAGGCUCUUGAAAGACAUGGACCGGAUGGUGGCUUUUGAGACCGCACUUGAGACAUGGGCUAAAUGGGUGGACACAAAUGUAGAUCCUGCUAAAACCACCGUUUUCUUUCUUGGAGUUUCUCCAUCCCAUUACAAGGGGAGUGAUUGGAACCAACCUCAAGCGAAAAACUGUGCUGGGCAAACUCGGCCGGUGCCCGGGCCAACAUAUCCAGGAGUAUUGCCACCAGCUUUAGCAGUGCAGAAGAAAGUAUUGAGCGAGAUGAGGGUUCCUGUGAAAUUGCUGGAUAUAACCACCCUUUCUCAAUUCCGUGUAGAUGCACAUCCGUCCUUUUAUGGCGCUGCAACUGCUGCUGCUGACUGCACCCACUGGUGUAUAGCUGGACUGCCUGAUACCUGGAAUCAAUUACUAUAUAAUCUUCUUUAUUGAUAUACAGAAAAAGAAAGCAAAAAAAAGAUAUCAGAAUUAAUCAUGGAUUUCACACCAAAUAGUAGAAAACAAGUACCAUACAAAAUUCUCUCACUUGGGCUGUUGGUGAGAUUAAAGAAUCAAACCUUGCCUCCUACCAGCCACUACACGUGGCUUGCCAUUUUUAGUGGCUUUCUCCGACGGUGGUUUCCGUUGGUUAGGUUUCCCUUUCUCCUAGAAUAGGAUAUUAGUAGGUUAUAGAAAUGUUAUCGUUGUGACAAAAAAAUAAUUACGGUACAAAAUUCUCAACUUUGAAGAAUUAUAUUAUCAUACUGUACAAUACAAAGGAGCACCAGAGAGGCCCCACUCAUUCAAAAUCAAAUGUAAUCCAAAGGAGUUCUUGAUUUUUAUUU